CCAUCCACUCUGUUCCUGAUGUUACCAAAUUUCUAUCAUCGAGUUCACCCGUGGGAAAGCAAAAUCCAGAAGGGACCCGAAAACAAAAACAGGGAAAGAAAGGCAAAUGGCCACCAUUUCCAUCAAUGCCCCCGGAGCAACAGGCUUCCUAUACAAUAACGCCUCCGGUAAAGCGCGACUGUGCAUUUCGGCUGAGACGCCGGACUUUGACACGGAGAUAUUGCGGAACUGGCGCGAUGAGGGUUUCGAUGUGAUCUACGUUCCGUAUGAUGGGGACUCAAGGGAGUAUGUUGCCCGACUAAAGAGUGUGAAGGAGGGAUUGGGGGUGGGGGAGAAUUAUGCUGUUCUUGCCUUCGGAGACGCUGCCUCAUUUUGUUUGGACUACUACCUCAAACCUACCAACUGUAGUCGUCUUUGCGCUUUAGUCACCUAUUAUCCCACCAACAUCCCCGACCCCCGGUCGCGGUACCCGCCUUCUGUCCAGAUCUUGACGCACCUGGCCGGCACCACUGUCGAUGUGACGACUACUCCGACUUUGGUGGGGCUACAGGGGAAGAAGAAGCGGAGUACACGGCAGAUCAACCCGGGCAUGGGGACUGGUGAGCGGUUGAACAUCGGUCAUACGGCGUAUACAUAUGAGUAUGUGGAGCCCGGGUUCGCAGAGCAUGAUCUAGAAGAGUAUGAUCGACUGGCGUGUGACCUGGCGUUUAGUCGAACGUUACAGGUUCUCCGAAGAGGGUUCAACAAGGAUGUGGAUGUGGAGGAAAAAUGGGAGGAACAUCUGGAAGCCAGGUUCUUCUCCAUGAACCUGUCCAACACCAUGGAACCAUAUGUGAGCCAUAUCAACCCCGCCGUGACAUAUGUCCCCACAGUGAGUGGUGGCAUCGGCAAUCACGCUUUGCGACGGUUCUACGAGCAGAGCUUCCUGCGCCAACUACCACCCUCUAUGCGGUUGCGGCUAAUCUCGCGGACGAUCGGGGUUGACCGGGUGGCUGAUGAGUUGCACGCGGCAUUCCAGCAUACGCAGGAGGUCCCUUGGAUGUUACCCGGUGUGCCGCCGACUAAUAAGCAGGUGGAGGUUAUCCUCGUUAGCAUUGUCAGCCUGCGGGCGGGUCGACUGUCUUCUGAGCAUGUAUAUUGGGAUCAGGCGAGUGUUCUGGUCCAGGUCGGACUGCUGGAUCCAAAGCUAGUCCCUCAGGGGGUAAAUGGGGUUGAUCGGUUGCCUGUGGUUGGACGGGAGGCUGCUAGACGGAUUUUGGAUGAGAAUCCUGAGGUUGAAAAGAAAGAGUACCACAACCGAUUGAUUCGCAGAGCGAAAGCCAAGAAUAAAGGGAAGGACGGUGUGACGCCUGGAGUAGAGGAGUCUGGCACAGAAUACUUCAAGAGCGAAGCCGAAAAACCUCUAGAGAAUGGUAAGGGCAAGGGAAAGACUGUUCAGAAACAGCCACCGGAGCAUGGACCGGAGGGCAACGAGAGCCACAAGAACAACAACGAAGAAGAUGGACCAGAUAGGGCUCAGACACCUACCCCGUCCAAGGGCUCUGCAUCAGUGGAAGAUGCAAAUGACGAAGAAUGAGCAAUGUCAUGAUAUACCCAAUCAACACCUGUUAGUGUGUACCUAAUUAGCGUAAUACGGUAACUUUCUC